AUGAAAAUAUAUACACCUGAAAUAUCUUGGCAUGCAUGUGAUGCAAUAUAUAGCGUGGAUUUUGACCCUCUUUUUAGUAAAAACAUAUUCGCAACAUGUGGACUUGAUCAUUAUAUUAGAAUAUGGCUUUUGGAAGAAACUAAUAACGAUAAAGAUUUGAAAAUUGAAUUUCUUUCCGAACUAAAUAGACAUCAAAAACCUGUUAAUAUUGUAAGGUACAGUCCAGAUGGUAAUUUCAUUGCUUCAGGUGAUGAUGAGGGCAUAAUUUUUAUAUGGAAACGUUUACCUACCAGAAUCAAAAAGGUUGAAUAUAAUGUAUCAUGGUCAGUUUAUCGCACAUUGAGAGCCCAUUUACAUGAUAUAUGUGAUAUUUCUUGGUCACCAGAUAAUCAAUCUUUAUUUUCUGGAUCACAGGAUAAAACUUGUAUAAUAUGGGACAUUAGCAAAGAAAAAUAUAUCAACUUGUUUAAUGAUCAUAAAAAUUUUGUACAAGGUGUUGCAUGGGAUCCUCUUAAUAAAUAUAUAGUUUCCUUUAGUCAAGACAGAACAUGCCGUGUUAUAAAUUUAAAAUCUAAAACCACAGUUUAUAAAAUUGUUAAAAAAAAUGCUGUUUCUUGGGGCAACCAAAAUAUAAUUAAAGGUGAUAUGGAUGAAUCAAAACACAAAAUAAAUAGUGCCCACUUUUUUCAAGAUGAAAACAUGAAAUCAUUUUUUAGAAGGCUAACAUUUACACCUUUUGGUGAAUUAUUAUUAAUACCUGCAGGCUGUAUUGAGACUGGUAAACAAUUUAAGCCAGUUACUUACAUUUUUAGUAGGAAUAAUAUGAAGAUGCCAGUUGCAUAUAUUCCAAACUUAAAUAGAUAUUCAUCUGUAGUUAAAUGUUGCCCUAUUAUAUUUAAAUUAAGAAAUUUGGCUAAUCCACAGAAUACAUGCUAUAUUAAUCUACCUUAUCGAAUAGUCUUUGCAAUAGCAUGUGAUAAUGCACUAAGCAUUCAUGAUACUCAACAACUGAGCCCAAUAUUAAUGAUUAAGGAUCUUCAUUAUUGGUGGAUCAGUGAUCUAUCAUGGUCCAGAGAUGGUUUAACACUAAUAGCUACAUCAACUGAUGGAUAUUUAAGCAUCAUAAAUUUUGAAAAAUUUGAAUUGGGAGAACCAUAUAGUACAACUGAUAUAACAAUCAAUAAAUGCUUAAAUUUGAACAAAUCAUUUCAAGAAUGUGAAUUGGAACCACUUAUGUCACGAAUAGGACUAGAUCAUAUCAAGAAUAUCAUGGGAAAUCAAUAUAAUUGCAAAAAGGAUUUAUUAAAACCAGGGAAACUAGAAAUUCCUUUGAGUCAUACACCUAUUACUAAAGUUAAAGAACAUAUACCCACAAUAGUUAAAAAUAAAGAUCAUAAACCUUCAACCAUAGUUAAAGAGCAUAUAACAUCAACCGUAAUUAAAGAUCAAGCACCUUCAACAAUAUUUGGAGAAAAUGCAAUUUGUCCUAUGCUUGAAGAUAGUAACAGUAUUAUUAUAAUUGAUCAAAUCACUUCUCCAUCUCCACCUAAAAAUAUCAAUAAUUCCAUCGAUGAUGCUAUCAUAAAUGAAAAACAACAAUUAUCGCUGCCUAAGAAGAGAAGAAUCGUUCCCAUAACAUUGCAUAAAAUUGAGAUUUGAUUUCAUUUUUUCAAAUUUAUUUAGGUAAGUAUAUUACUGAUAAUAAGAUUAUUAUAUCUAUAUUUAUGCAACUUAUUUUUUAUAAUAUU